AUGAGUGAUUUGCCGCAGCUAAUUCUACCUUGGUGAGUCAAUAAAUAAUUGGGUGAAUUUUUAUUUUUUCUACAAAACCCAAUCCUCAAUGCACAGGCAAAAAAUUUUUAUUAAAAAAUAUUUUGAUAAUAUAAGUGAUAAUUAUUAUAAUGAUAUCUUUAGCUAAUUCUGUAAUAUAAAUUUAUAUAUAUUACCAAAUCUAUAUUUGAAAAAUAAUGUUAAAAUUUAUGUUAAAGAAUAUCUCCCUCCAUAUGCGAGCACAAUUUUUUGUGUUCGCUCUCAGAGGGGAAGUAAGAGAGCGAGCAUAUUCGUCAAUGGCUUACCACGAAUAUAAAAAACUUCGAGUUUAUGCUCCAAGCCCUGAAAUAAAACCAUUGGACUCUGCUGAACUUCCUCCUCCGAUUUCACUGACGCCAUCUGCAAUUGAGUCCAGCAUCUACUCUGUUGAAACAUUAUUACGAGAGCAAGAAGAAGACCAGCUAUUAAUAAAAAUUUUGAAAAAAACGACUUAUGAGCAGUCCAUGCAAAUUGAUAAACUUCAGGCAAAUAUUAAUGAAUUAAAACAUACAAUUGAUGCAUUGAAGCGACAGGUGAGAGAACAGAGUGAAGGCUCACCUCCAAGAUCAACUGGAUUUUUUCAGCAAGCGAUUUUGGCAAGAAGUAGAAGCAACAGCACAGCAGAUGCUGAUUAA